AUGGCGUAUAGCUGUGAUACCAUCAACCCAGUUCCAUCUCAAUCGUUCAAAACUGAAGACCUGGACGACAUGAGAUCCCACGGACAGCAAAUCUCUGAUCGUUUAACUGUUGAAGUUGAUUGCCAUUCUCUGGGCCCAAGUGACUGCCCCUCGAUGACUUCGAGCUUCUCUCCUUUGGACUCUCCGACUCCCACGCCUACCAGUCUCUACAGCCAAGGCUCAAUGGCUUCACCCGGAUGGCACGAGCAUCCCAACUAUCAUCACGGCCUUCCAAUGGAGCGUCGAACUUCGGCUACCCCUUUGCGCAGCGCAUUCAGAAUGGCCGAUCUCACUUCCGGCGACGGCAUGAUGAACAUGCCCUGUGGUAACAUGGACCGACAGGACCAGAUGGCCGUCCCUGACUAUCUUCCUGCAUUCGAGGAGAACGUCGACCAACUGUGGAUUCCUCAGGAUAUGCCAAAGACAUACCAGGAGCCUCAGUUUCCGUACCACGCCUCGAUGUCACAGUACAACCAGAUGGCUCGCAACUACUACCACCGUCCUCAGCAGGCUGGAUAUCUGCCUGAAUCGGCCUCCAACCCUUGCCUGUCUCGUCCAAUCUUUACCCAACCCACUGAGCGGAUAUCUAACUCUGCCUCAAUGACCAAUAUGCUUCACUGGAUGCCAUCCCACGAGUCCCUGGUACCUCAAACCAUCACCCCCGCACAGGUCCAGCCCUUCCCUUCCGGACCCGUGACCCCGCCUUCUUCUUCUUACUCCGACUUCCCAACCAACAUCCCGACCUUCAAGUCCCACACUCCUUCUACCCCCCACCGAUCCGUCUCCAUGGGUACUCCCUCGGGGUCUGAUACCCCGGUCAGUCGCAUGUCCGGACACAAUGAUUAUCAGGAAGAGUUCCAGCUCUCUCCUGUCUAUCGCGAGGGCAUGAUGCAACGUCACCGCCAACCCUCGCGCAAAUCCUCCAAGAAGCAGCUGCUUCGGUCCAACCUGAGCCUCGAGAACUUGCCAUCAAUCAUUAGGCAAGUGCAAUUCAAGUGCAAGGAGCCUGGCUGCAAGGGGCGUUUCAAGCGCCAGGAACACCUCAAGCGCCACAUGAAGAGCCAUUCUAAGGAGAAGCCUCAUGUCUGUUGGGUUCCUGGCUGCCACCGAGCCUUCUCUCGCAGCGAUAACCUAAACGCCCACUAUACUAAGACCCACAGCAAGCGGGGUGGUCGCAACCGCUACGUCGCUACCCUCGAUGAGACCAGUCAAGAUUUCGACCCUGACUUCCGUGGACAGCUUACCCCCGACGGUCGGCCCAUCUACGGCAGCAAACUUGAAGAUAGCAUGCCCGAUUGUGGCGAGCUGAGCGUUGAUGGAUGGGAUGAUUAG